AUCCAUUAGGCACAUAUAAUUCUUCUUUUUAAAUCCCCAUGCUUGUUCCCCUUGUUCAUGUGAUCAGCAUUCAUUCUCUCUCCUUUUGAGAGAGAGAGAGAGGCGUAUGGUUGGUUGUUGGGGAGAGGAAGAGGUCGCUCUGUAUUGAUUGUUUGCAGCAAUUUUGGUAGCGAAUGGAAGAAGCUGCGGUCGAUUGCAGGGGCGCAAAUAAUCCAAGGUUCGGUAACAUCGGCAACAUGGAGGGAGGCGUCGGCGGCCACCGGGAGGCCGGCGACGAAGAGCUGUUCUCGGACUCCGCCUCGUCGUCGGACGACUCGACGGGAUCCGACCUGGAGGAGGAGGAGUCGGAUUUCAUAGAGGACGAGACCUGCUCGUCGUCUUCGUCGUUUUCGCCGCCUAUAUCGGCCUCUGCCUCCUCGAAUCAGCUUGCAGAGGGAGGGGGAUCUUUGUUUGAGAUGUCAUCUAUCAUGGCGGAGCUCCCCUUCAAGAGAGGGCUUUCCAGGCACUACGAUGGGAAGUCGCAGUCGUUUACAUCGCUGGCGGAUGUGAAGUGCUUGGCCGACCUCGCGAAGCCGGAGAAUCCAUACAACAAGAGGCUGAAGUCGAGCAGGAGCUAUGGCGGAAACCUGCUGGACUGUCAGUUCCGGUCAUACCCACCGAGGGGAAUUACCUCCAUCUCCAAGACCAUCUCCAAGAGGUCAACCACUGCUGCAGCAAGGACGGGCUCUUCAUGCUCGUCGUCCAUGGUCAGGAGGAACAGUUUUGCAGGCACCAAACCACCCAUUCCUUCACACAGGCAUCCCUGAUCGUUCCUGCUCGAACGUUCUGCCUUAACGAUUACCCAGAGUUCUUCUUACAAUCUCUAUCUGUUUGUAAUUUGGGUGAUUUUACACCCAUGUAGAUACAUCCAGACAAGAAAAAAAAUACGCACUUUUUUUUUUGGUCU